CAGAAGACCCUAUACAUACCAUUUGAAACCCACAAGUCAUAAAGGGGCCAAGGUUGUCCGUCUCUCCUUUAGCAGAAUGUUUGGAUCAAUAAUUGAUUGGGAGGGGGGGGCAUCCCGUGAAUUUUGGCUUCUCCCCAAUUUUUAAAAACUUUUUUUCCCCUCUUUAACAAGAUGCUGGGAUCAAUUGUAAUGGAUCCGGGAUUCGUCCCAGGGAUGUUUGCUUCUCUCCAGUUUUUAAAACAUUUUUCCCUUUAACGAGCUGGUUGGGCCAGCAAUAAUAAUUGACCGGGGGUCCGUCCCGGGAAUCUUUGCUCCUCCCCAAUUUGUUCUUUUUAAAAUACUGUAGUUCUUCUUUUAAAAGUCAGCGAAAAUGACCGCAAAAGCAACAAGAAAUCAUCUCGGUUUCCUGCCUGGUCAGAGCCCAAAGGCGGUCACCUAAUUUAGAGGAAAAGAAGCGAAACUUGAGUUUCUCCUGCCUUUCCUGGCAGAGGCGGCGGCGAUGGCGACCGAAGCGCCCUUGCAGGAUUUGCUGGAAGAAGCCACCUGCUCCAUUUGCCUGGACUUUUUCCAGGACCCCGUGCUCAUCCCGGAGUGCGGCCACAACUUCUGCCGAGGCUGCCUGACCCGCAGUUGGGGGGCGUCGGAAUCGGAGGCUUCCUGCCCCCAGUGCAGACAGACCUUCGCGCCCCGAAGUGUCUUCGCUAACCGGCAGCUGGCGCGGAUGGCUGAAGUGGCCAGGCGAUGCGGCGGCCAUCCGGAGGAGGAAGGAGGGAGCUUCUGCCCGAAGCACCGGGAGCCCCUCAAGCUCUUUUGUAAGGACCACGAGACCCUCAUCUGCGUGGUCUGCGACCGAUCCAAAGAGCACAGGGGCCACUCGGUGAUCCCUGUAGAGGAGGCUUUCCAGGAAUACAAGAUGAAGGUUGGGAAUUGCCUGAAGGCUCAGAAGGAGCAGAAAGAAAAAAUAGCUACAUACAAAAGAGACACAGAGAAAAAACUGCAGGAGAGGCUUGACCUCAUCAAAAAAGAGAGAGAAAAUAUAGUGGCUGAAUUCAGAGAGCUACAACUCUGGUUAGAAAGACAAGAGAAGCUUCUAUUGACUAGAAUGGAAGAGACGGAGAAGGAGAUUAUGGCAAGAAAGGAGGAGGGUUUGGCCAAGCACAUGGAGGAACUCUGCUCUCUUGACCAUCUCAUCCAGGAGAUAGAAGAGAAGCUUCAGCAGCCAGCCAGCAAACUCUUACAGGACAUUGGAGGCAUAUUGAAAAAUUACCAGGCUAAGGAAAUAUAUGAGAAUCCGGUGGAUUUACCUGAAGACCCGAACUGGAAUAUCUGGGACUACAGUGAUAUCACUGUGUUUCUGAAAAGUGCCAUGAAAAAAUUUAGAGAUACUCUGGAAAAUGGACUUCAACUACAGGAAGUGAAUGUAACCCUGGAUCCAGACACAGCCCAUCCUGACCGCCUUGAUGUCUCUGAAGAUCAAAAAAGUGUCAGAGGAGUUAAGCCAGUUACAGGAAAACAUCCUGUCUCAGAUCACAACAGAUUUUUACAUUAUCCUUAUGUCCUUGGCUGUCAGAGGUUCUCAUCAGGGCGACAUUUCUGGGAAGUUAUGGUAGGAGAUAGAGAAGGAUGGGCUAUAGGGGUUGCCAACCAGCCACUGAACUUAACAAAUGUUGAUGAGGAGACCAGGCACUGGCAGAUUGGGAAAUGGAGAGGGAAAUACAGGAUCUUCUCUCCAUCACUAUACUCUGACCAGGUCCUGAGUGAGGAACCCAAGAGGAUCCGUGUCUCUCUCAACUGCGAAGGGGGACAAGUGAGCUUCUUUGAUGCCAGCACAGCAACUCUGCUCCAUACAUUCUCAGAGGCUUCCUUGGUUGGAGAGACUCUUCGGCCCUGUUUCUUUUUGUAUGAAGACACCUGGGUGACACUCCCCUAAAAGAA